CUCGCGGCCUUUCUGGUGCCGUUUAUACGGUCUACCCACUUCCGCUAUCCGCUUAGAAGCGGUGCUAUCAUGGCGGACCGUGGUCGACUCCCUUUCCCCGCUAAGCGCCUCUGCUGCAGACCUGGCUAUGGCUCGGCCAGCAGGUCGGGCCAACGGGCGGGCGGCAUUAGCCUCAGCAGCGGAGUGCUCUGCGCCGGACCCUCCUCUGCAACUGCUACUGUAGCUGCUGCCACUAUGGGGCUGCUACCGCUCGGCAAGACCCAGAGCCCCGAGUCCCUGCUGGACAUCGCGGCUCGCAAGGUGGCGGAGAAGUGGCCUUUCCAGCAGGUGGAAGAACGGUUCGAACGGAUCCCAGAGCCGGUGCAACGCAGGAUUGUCUACUGGUCUUUCCCCCGCAGCGAGAGGGAAAUCUGCAUGUACUCCUCCUUCAACACCGGCACUGAGGAUCUUACCACCGCCCCCGGGGGGGCCGCCGGCGGUACCGCGCACGGUGGGGGCGCGGAUACCGCCGCCGUCGACGAGAACCGCCUGCCCUUUCGCCGGGGCAUCGUUCUGCUAGAUGGCGGCUAUGUCGAUAAUGUCCUGCAAGUCGGUUUCCACUUGAGUGGCACUGUGACAGACACUGCAAUGCAAUCAGAAACUGUUUGCAAUGUAGCUAUCAGCUUUGAUCGUUGCAAGAUUACCUCAGUGACCUGUAGCUGUGGAAACAAGGACAUAUUUUACUGUGCCCACGUUGUGGCACUCUCUUUAUACCGGAUCCGCAAGCCAGAUCAGGUCAAACUGCAUCUUCCCAUUUCAGAGACACUGUUUCAAAUGAACAGAGACCAACUACAAAAAUUUGUUCAGUAUUUGAUCACAGUGCACCACACAGAAGUUUUGCCAACUGCUCAGAAAUUAGCAGAUGAAAUUCUUUCUCAGAAUUCAGAAAUCAAUCAAGUCCAUGGUGCACCUGACCCAACAGCAGGUGCUAGCAUAGAUGAUGAAAACUGCUGGCAUUUGGAUGAGGAACAGGUCCAAGAACAGGUUAAACUCUUUCUCUCCCAGGGUGGAUACCAUGGAUCAGGGAAGCAACUCAAUUUGCUUUUUGCAAAGGUGCGAGAGAUGCUGAAGAUGAGAGAUUCAAAUGGAGCUCGCAUGUUGACGUUGAUAACAGAACAGUUCAUGGCUGACCCUCGUCUAUCACUUUGGACACAACAAGGAACUGCAAUGACUGACAAGUAUAGGCAACUCUGGGAUGAACUGGGUGCUCUGUGGAUGUGUAUAGUCUUAAAUCCCCACUGCAAGUUGGAGCAGAAGGUCAGUUGGCUAACGCAGCUGAAAAAAUGGAAUGGUGUGGAUGUUUGUCCCUGGGAAGAUGGAAACCAUGGAAAUGAGCUGCCCAAUUUAACCAAUGCUUUGCCUCAGGGUGCAAAUGCUAACCAAGAUUCAUCAAACAGGCCACAUCGGACGGUGUUCACUAGAGCCAUAGAGGCAUGCGAACUGCAUUGGCAAGACAGCCACUUACAGCACAUUAUCAGCAGUGACUUAUACACCAACUACUGUUACCAUGAACACACUGAAAACUCUCUCUUUGACUCUCGAGGGUGGCCCCUCUGGCAUGAACAUGUUCCUACAGCCUGUGCGAGGGUGGAUGCGUUACGAUCUCAUGGAUGCCCACAAGAAGCACUGAGGCUAGCAAUAGCUAUUGCUAAUACUCUAAGAAGGCAGCAGCAGAAACAGCUGGAAAUGUUCCAGGCUCAGAAGAAAGAACUUCUUCAAAUAGGAGUAACCUCAAUAACAAAUCUUGAAGGCUGGGUGGGACAUCCUUUGGAUCCAAUUGGCACCCUCUUCAGCAGCCUGAUUGAAGCCUGCAGGGUAGAUGAGAGCUUCCAUGGAUUCUCAGACUUCACAGAGAACAUGGGGCAAUGCAAAUCUCUGGAGUACCAGCACCUGCCUGCACACAAGUUUUUAGAAGAAGGGGAAUCUUAUUUAACGCUGGCUGUGGAAGUAGCAUUGAUAGGGCUGGGACAGCAACGAAUAAUGCCAGAUGGCUUGUAUGCACAAGAGAAGGUUUGUCAAAAUGAGGAACAGCUCAUUUCUAAGCUACAGGAAAUUGAAUUGGAUGAUACUCUGGUGAAGAUUUUUCGAAAACAAGCAGUCUUCCUAUUAGAAGCUGGACCAUAUAGUGGUUUAGGUGAAGUCAUCCAUCAAGAUAGUGUUCCAAUGCACACAUUUGCCAAGUAUCUUUUCACUUGUCUCCUACCUCAUGAUGCUGAAUUGGCAUUCAGAAGUGCACUGAGAGCCAUGCGGUUGCUAGUAUUGGAAUCUAUGGCUCCUUUGGGUGAUACAUCCCGUCCACACCACAUUGCAUCAGUUGUUCCAAACCGGUAUCCCCGCUGGUUCACCCUAAGUCACAUCGAAUCCCAGCAGUGUGAGCUAGCAUCUACCAUGUUGACAGCAGCCAAAGGUAAUGUUCAGAGGCUGGAAACAGUGUUAGAAUCCAUUCAGAAAAAUGUCCACUCCUCAUCACACAUCUUCAAACUUGCCCAGGAUGCAUUUAAAAUAGCAACACUCAUGGACAACUUGCCAGAUACCACUCUUCUGAAAGUUUCUCUGGAGUUGGGCCUUCAGGUGAUGCGGAUGACACUGUCAACAUUGAAUUGGCGACGACGGGAAAUGGUGAGGUGGUUGGUAACAUGUGCAACAGAAAUAGGUGUUUAUGCACUGGAUAGUAUAAUGCAAAACUGGUUUACACUUUUCACUCCAACAGAAGCCACUAGUAUUGUUGCUACAACAGUGAUGUCCAACAGCACCAUUGUCCGUCUGCAUCUGGACUGUCAUCAGCAGGAGAAGCUGGCCAGCAGUGCUAGAACACUUGCUCUACAGUGUGCCAUGAAGGAUCCUCAAAACUGUGCCCUCUCUGCACUGACUCUGUGUGAAAAAGAUCACAUAACUUUUGAGACCGCUUACCAAAUUGUUCAGGAUGCUGCUACAACCAGCAUGAGCUACUCACAACUUUUUACUAUAGCACGAUACAUGGAGCACCGUGGUUACCCUAUGCGGGCCUAUAAGCUAGCCACUUUGGCCAUAACGCAUCUCAAUUUGAGUUACAAUCAGGACACACACCCUGCCAUUAAUGAUGUUCUCUGGGCAUGUGCGCUCAGCCAUUCUCUUGGGAAAAAUGAGCUAGCAGCUAUAAUACCUCUGGUGGUCAAAAGUGUCAAGUGUGCUACAGUACUGUCAGAUAUUUUGCGCAGAUGUACUUUGACCACUCCUGGCAUGGUGGGACUCCAUGGAAGGAGGAAUUCUGGUAAGCUCAUGUCACUGGACAAAGCCCCUUUAAGACAACUCUUAGAUGCCACAAUCGGAGCUUACAUUAAUACAACUCAUUCACGUCUCACUCACAUCAGCCCACGACACUAUAGUGAGUUUAUAGAGUUCCUCAGCAAGGCCCGAGAGACCUUCUUAAUGGCUCAUGAUGGACACAUACAGUUUACACAGUUUAUUGAUAACCUAAAACAAAUCUACAAAGGCAAAAAGAAACUCAUGAUGUUGGUUCGUGAGCGGUUUGGUUGAUGAAAAUAAGUGAAGGAAGGAGGUGGUUUGGUGUUACUUGAGCCUGCCUUUGUAUCUUUUUGAACUUAAAGAAACAAAGCCACACUGGUAUUAUAUGUGUAUAGUUAUACUGAGUUUGAAAACUAAACUGUCAUGUUGUGAAAGUUUGUGUGUUUAAAUUUUUUUCCUUUUUUCUGUUUUGUGUGAGAGAAAGGUUAAAAAAAGGUUUGGUUUACACUGAGUAUAUGUUGUCAAGUGGCAAAAGUCCACAUCACUCUCCUGUUCUUUCUGUAUAUGUUCACAGCCUCAAAAACAAAACGUAUAUUGCAAUGGCUUUAAAAAAGCAAACAAAGCACCUCCAUCCUGUGAUAAGUACCUCAAAUGGAUUCAGCUUUACUCCUUUGUAACUCAUCAUUAUAUUUCAAUAUAUUUAAAGAAACCAACAAAUGAAAUACUAGUAGUUAAAAGGCUGAUCAUGUGGCUUUGCAGUGCUCUUCAUCCAGAAGCAUGGCACACAAUGCUUAUGCAUGUGGAAACUUAGCAACUGUCAACAUACAUUCUCAGGGAUUUAUCAAAAUAAAUUUUUUAAAGUAUGAGAGCAUUUAUUGUACUGUAUAUAUAUUAUAGUAUAUGUCUGAUUAUUGAAAAAAUCUAACAUUAAUUUAUAAAAAAAUUCAAAUCUAUGUAAUGCAAAAUACUUGAAGCUGCAGUAGCUUGGUUUUAAAGAAAAACUAUCUGAAGGACUAAAGUGCGCCUUGCUUCAGGGUUGGCUGGGUUGGCUCAGGUGGUGAACUAUAUGCUAGGCAUCUAUUCAGAGCCAUCUUUUGUAUUGCAUGGUUGGAAUGAUACCUACUGGGGAAGUUUUAUAUAUGUGUGUGUAUAUAUAUAUGUAUACACACAUAAAAACAUACUUGUAACAGGCACUACAGUAAAGAGGGAUAACAAAAAAUACACAGCCAGAGCAGCAAGCCUUAGCAUUAAGAAUACAGUAUGCCAGAAUUGGGGUUUGUGCCUCCUAGCCUGGAAAACUUAAAGAAACAUAAUUUUUGACAAAAAAUGCAAAAUUAUUGACAUGAUACAUUACGCCUUUGCAGUGAGCUAAAAAUAAGCUAACCUUUGUGCACAAAUAUAUAUAUAUAUUAUAUAUAUUCUGCAUAUGUAUUUUGACUGUGCAGGACAGAAAGUUAUGUAGGUAUGACUGUUCUACUUUUCCGUUCAUUUUUCUAAUAUAUUUUUUCUCUAGAACUGCUCAAACAAAAGCAGCCUUCUAUCUUGCCUUGUCUUAAUGCUUUAAAUUAACCGAACUGGAGAUCUAACUACCAAACCGUUCUUUAUAUUAUUAAAUACCAACUUCGAUUACAGUAUCAUGCCUUUGCUUUAGCUGAUGGUUCUGUAUCCUUGUGCUUUUAAAAACAGAUUUUGUUUUGGUGCAAAAGUUGUCCAGUGUCUAUUGUUCCCUUCAUUAGAGAACAUGCUAGAGGUAUGUUUGUAGGUAUUUUUGUUUAGAAAAACUAUUUCAUGCUCUCAAUUUUAUUUAUUGUAAUAGGUAAAAAGGUUGUACUUCAUUACCCAUGUAAACAUGCUCAUGAAGUUGAAAUUAAGAUUUGAUACAAUGAUAUCAAUUUAUUUAUGUAACUAAAUCACACUGUUUUAUAAACUUGUUACUGAUAACAAAUUUUUUUUGUUUUGAUUAAAAUUAGUUUUUUGAAAGUUGA